CUUCACAAUCUCCCAAAAAAACAAAAAGACAGAGAAAAAACCCCAACUUUGAAAUCUCUCUCAAUUUCCUCCUAGUUUUUAUAUCUUGAAUUAUCAUAUAGUUGCUUGAUUUUGUGUUUUAAAACAUGUCUGGGAGAUCUCGUUCGAGGCCAUCAGCUGGUGGUGUGAGAAUCAGCGACGAACAGAUCACCGACCUCAUCCACAAGCUCCAACAGCUCUUGCCUGAGAUUCGCAACGCCCAUUCCGACAAGGUUUCGUCUGCAAAGGUUUUGCAGGAAACGUGCAACUACAUUCGGAGGCUACACCGGGAGGUGGACGAUCUGAGCGAGCGGCUGUCGGGGUUGUUGGCGACGUCGGACACGGCCCAAGCGGCCAUUAUAAGAAGCUUGCUCACGCAGUGAGAUGAUCUAUCAAUAAUGUAAUAUGAGAUAUAUAUAUAUAUAUGGCUAGCUACAUUAUUGAACAGUACUUAAAUUAAUUAAGAAGCUAAUUAAGGUUUGUUGUUGUUGUAGGGUUUUGCUUUUGGUUGAAUAUAUUUAU